AUGCAUCGCCUCGGCGGCACCCUCGCCCACUCUCCCGCGGCCAGUUCUCCGUCCCUUGCGCUGAGCUCGACGUCGACGCUCGUGCCAUCCUCGACAGCGAAUGCGGACAACCCGUGGGGCGCGCUACAUGUGCUCGUCCUGCCGCUAUUCAACUCGGAGCCACUGCGGGUGCCGAUCGAGGACCUGAACUCGCUCGUGCGCAAGCACAUCUCGACCGUCGUCUCCAACGCUCCCCAGAAGGCGUUGCUCACGCUCGAGAACGAGACGGCGGAUUUAUUGGCGGCGGGAAUGGACACGAUAAACGCCAAAUUACAGGGCGUGGUCGAGGAGAAGCUUCUUGCGCGUGUCGUCGAGCUUUGGGGUUUCUUCUGGGAUCAGGUCCUUCCCUACGUCGAGGGUGUCUUGCUGCCGCUUCAGACCGAUCCGCUGCUAUCCAGCCUAUACCGGACCCAGAAGUCCCAUCGCGGCUCAAGUCCGACGCGUACAAACGGGAAGGGCUCUUUCAGCAUGCAGGGAUACACUCCCGCACUCUCCACCGCGCACAUCGACGUCCGCACGCUAGCUCUCCGCUGUUUCCGUGACCGCAUCAUACUACCUGUAUUCCCUCGCCUCCAUGCCCGUAUAUCUCUCCAGAAGUCCGAUGGCGGUCCCGGUGCGAGCCCCGUCGAUGGUCACACCUUCCCGCGCCUACAGCAGAUGCUCCUUGUUCUUGUCUCACAAGCUCGCCGACCGCCUGCUAGCGUAUCUCUCACCGCACCCGCACCCCAACCGCUUCCCGGAGAAGCCGCUGCCGCCCAUCUCCUGCGUCUCGUCCGCUCUCCAACAUCUCCGUCACCGGCGCUCGCCAAGAGUAACAGUCGUGCGGCCCGUACACUCUCCUUCCUCUCGGGCAAUGUCCCACGCGACCGCCGCGGACGCAUCGGUCGUCGGCCCCAGAGCCUGAGGCUCGACUCAACUCCAAGUCAGAGUGCGACGGAGGAGAGCGAGGAUGACGACGAGGCUGCCGGCGGAGAAACCCCUCGAACGGGCUUCGCCCCUGCUCCGACGCAUGCGAAGAGGGUGCGCGACUUGCAGAUGUUAGAGUCUCUGCGCAGCCCGGACGCGCCAGACUCGGCAACUACACAACCUGCUGGGAAGGGUGGUGGAUGGGGCCUUGACGAGUCGGGAUGGGACGAUGAGGGACAAGAGGACGAGGACGAGGCUACGAUGGACUGGGAUCAGGCGCAGGCUGCUGUCGAGAGGAUGGUCGGCAUCCGCCCUCCCGAGCAAUCUGCAGCCCAAACCCGACCCGAGGGUAGGAGAAGGAUGACUUGA